AUGACUAGGAUGCACACAGGCACCUCGCUAAUCCAAGAACCAUGGUUAGUAAGAGGUGCUAUUAGGGGACUUGGUGGGCCUGGUCUUGUUUGUUACAGGGAUUGUAGAGCUGCCAAACCUAGAGGGUGUAUUCUUACUAAGGGUAUCAACGUAAAUCCACUGUUGGAUCUGUGUUCUGGUGAUCUGAUGAUAGUGGUAAUUGACCUAGAAGGUAUAGGUAAGACGGUCAUUGGAUCUGCAAAUUUUCCAUAUGAUAAUGAAAAUAAUUCGCUAAUUGAAGUUCGCAGGUUGGUGGAAUAUUGUAUGGAAAAAAGACUUCCUCUGUUGCUUGGCUGCGAUGCAAACUCACAACAUACGGUGUGGAGAAGCACAAAGGACAACCAGAGAGGACAGGAGUUAUUAGAAUAUCUAAUCGGAAAGGAUUUGGAUAUUCUUAACACGGGUUCGACUCCGACUUUUAUCAAUGCUGUUAGGCAGGAAGUGAUUGAUAUUACUCUCUGCUCUAAAAGUAUUGAAAAUAAGUUAAGAAGAUGGAGAGUUUCUAAUGAACCUUCGCUUUCUGAUCAUUCACAGAUUGUCUUUGAGGUGGAGUCUGCGGUCCGUUUGGAAGCCAAGUGGAUUCGCAAUCCCAGGAAAACGGACUGGGCUAAGUAUAACUCAGAACUCAGAGAAACACUUUCUGGUUUACCAGGUAGGAUUAGAGAUCAUCAAACCCUGGACGAAGUGGCUAGUAAUUUUACAAAGACCAUUAAGGCAGCCUAUGAAAAUAGCUACAAACCGACGAAAGUAUUUUCGGGAAAAGAAGCAUGCUGGUGGAACGAGAAACUAGAAUGUCUCAGGAAAAAAACCAGGAGGCUUUUUAAGCGUGCUAAGCAAAGGCGCACGGCUAGUGGUUGGUCUGAUUUUACUAAAAUGAGGGAAAAAAGGAAAUAA